GCUGGGCUGGGAGUAACUUAGACUGACCUGCGCCGGAGAGGCUCAUUCUCUCUCUGGAGCCUCGAUGGCCCUCUGGACUAAGGGCAGUAGUUGCCUGGCGGCCAGCUUGCUGCAUGACCAAGUGGCUAUCGUCACCGGCGGGGCCACGGGCAUAGGAAAGGCCAUCGUGAAGGAACUCUUGCACUUGGGGAGUAAUGUGGUCAUCGCAUCACGUAAGUUUGACAGAUUAAAAUCUGUUGCGAGAGAACUGAACGCCAGCCUGCCUCCCAGCAGCCAGCCUCGAGUCACCCCCAUACAGUGCAACAUCCGGAACGAAGAGGAGGUGAAUAAUUUAAUCAAAUCUACGUUAGCUAUUUAUGGUAAGAUCAAUUUCUUGGUAAACAAUGGAGGAGGCCAGUUCCUUUCCCCUGCUGAACACAUCACUUCAAAGGGGUGGCAUGCUGUGAUUGAGACCAACCUGACAGGCACCUUCUACAUGUGCAAAGCAGGCAAGUGCCCCGUUGAUGUUCACGAAUCAAUGGGUCUUGAUUUAGCGAUUGUGGAGAAUCCUGUUAGGAACCUGGGAGCUCCAUAUUUAAGGGUGAUUAUCAUUCCUAAAAGCUUCAAUCCUGAAAGAAUCAAAGAAAACUUUCAGGUCUUUGACUUUUCUGUCAUUGAAGUGUUUAAUAAAAAUGUCCACUUUGUGGAAAUGUUCAUAUGGGAAAUUUUCACAAUGUCCGGAGCCCUUGAUGUCCUGCAGAUGAAGGAGGAGGAUGUCCUCAAAUUCCUUGCAGCAGGAACCCACUUAGGUGGCACCAACCUUGACUUCCAAAUGGAACAGUACAUCUAUAAAAGGAAAAGUGAUGAAUGUUAUUUAUUUUCUGUCUUUCAAAGGCAUUCUGGAGCUGCAAGAGAAGGUGUUUACAACCUCACCAAAUCCUUAGCCUUGGAAUGGGCCUCCAGUGGAGUGAGGAUCAAUUGUGUUGGGCCUGGAACAAUUUAUUCCCAGACUGCUAUGGAUAACUAUCCUUCUGGACAAGAGUUAUUUGAAGGGUUCAUUAAGAAUAUCCCAGCUAAGCGACUUGGUGUUCCCGAGGAGGUGUCCUCCUUGGUGUGCUUCCUGCUGUCCCCUGCAGCUUCCUUUAUCACCGGACAGUUGGUGGACGUGGAUGGGGGCCAGUCUUUCUACACCCAUGGCUAUGAGAUACCAGAUCAUGACAACUGGCCUGAGGGCGCAGGAGACCUUUCUGUUGUCAAAAGGAUCAAGGAGUCUUUGAAGCUCAAAGCUAAACUCUAAGCUGAAGAAACCACAGUUGAUCUUUAUCCCUGAGUGCCUUAACAUCUUGAGAAUGUACUUUUGUGCUUUUUAUGUGAUUUAUAUGGAAAAAAAAAUUUCUGCUUUUUAAAUGUUAUCAAUGAUAUCUGUGUAAAAGUUAUUCCAGAAAUAAAUGCAUUUUUAUAUCUCAACCAUUGUCUUUAUAACUGUGAUUUAAAAAAUUUUUAAGGAAGCUAGGUACAGUGGCUCACCCCU